AGAGCGUGAAGGAAUCAAACUUCCACACGGAGCUCUUGUCCCUUUUUCUCGUUUUACAUUUCUGUUCAAAGACGAACUCUUCCAACAAGACUCGUGUUCGGCUUGGAGGAGAAACAGAGCCCAUAAAUGCGAAGAAUCUGACCUUUGUUUUUUAUUUUCUCGGAGAGUUUUCCGGGAAAAUGUCUUCCUUUUAUUAUUAUUCCUCAUGGGUCUCCGACCUCUCUUGCUCGUCGGCGUCGGUCAUUGACCAGACGUCCUCUGUUCCGGUGAUCAUCCAAUGGCUGAGAUUCGUCCUCCUCUCUCCCUGCCCUCAGCGCGCACUCUUCUCCGCCGUCGAUCUUCUCUUCCUCCUCGCUCUCGUUCUCUUCGCUCUCCAGAAGCUCUUUUCUUCUUCUACUGCUCGAACGGAGACCAACGGAAACGCCGAAAUCAGCAAACCCCUCAUCGGAGGCCGCCGAAGAACCCUAACCAGAACGACCGCGUGGUUCAAAACGACGCUCCUCGUCACCUUUCUCCUGUCGUUUUCCUCUAUCGUGCUCUGCGUUUUGGCCUUCACCCGGACCCAGACUCCAUGGAAGCUCGUCGAUUCUCUGUUUUGGCUGGUCCAUGCCGUUACCAACGCCGUCAUCGCGGUUUUGAUCCUCCACGAGAAGAGAUUCGAUGCUACAAAUCACCCUUUAUCACUACGAAUCUAUUGGGUUUUCAGUUUCGUGGCCACAACUUUGUUAGCCGCCGCCGGGCUUAUCCAUAUAUUCUCCGGAGAGACCGCCGCCGCGAGGUUGGUGGCAGACGACGUCGCUUCGUUCGUCUCAUUCUUGUUGUCGGCCUUUCUGCUUCUGGUGUCCAUCAGAGGAUCCACCGGCGUGGUCUCGGUGUCCGAGACGGAGCCGGAGUACGACGUCGUUCUGGACAAUUCCAAGAAUGUCUCUCUGUUCUCGUCCGCUUCGGUUUUGUCGAAAGCCUUCUGGUUGUGGAUGAAUCCUCUUCUGAGCAAAGGCUACAAAUCGCCGUUGAAGAUCGACGAGGUCCCGACUCUGUCUCCAGAACACAGAGCCGAGAGAUUGGCUCUGCUCUUCGAAUCCAAAUGGCCCAAACCGCACGAGAACUCCAAGCACCCUGUCCGAACGACUCUGCUCCGGUGUUUCUGGAAGGAAGUCGCUUUCACCGCGUUCUUAGCCAUCGUUCGUCUCUGCGUUAUGUACGUUGGUCCGGUUCUCAUCCAAAGCUUCGUGGACUUCACCUCCGGGAAAAGAAGAUCGUCAAUGGAGGGUUACUAUCUCGUUCUCAUUCUCCUGGUGGCUAAAUUCGUCGAGGUCUUGACGACACAUCAGUUCAAUUUCAAUUCCCAGAAGCUUGGAAUGCUUAUCCGAUCGACCCUGAUUACUGCGUUGUACAAGAAGGGUCUGAAGCUCACUUGCUCUGCACGUCAGGCUCACGGUGUCGGACAGAUCGUGAAUUACAUGGCCGUGGACGCUCAACAGCUCUCCGACAUGAUGCUUCAGCUUCACGCCAUAUGGCUUAUGCCGAUGCAAGUGACAGUGGCUCUGGUACUUCUCUACGGCAGCCUCGGCGCCUCUGUCGUGACGGCCGUAAUCGGCCUCGUGGGCGUGUUCUUGUUCAUCUUGCUCGGGACGAAACGAAACAACAGAUUCCAGUUCAGCCUGAUGCGGAACCGCGAUUCUCGGAUGAAGGCCACCAACGAAAUGCUCAACUACAUGCGAGUAAUCAAGUUCCAGGCUUGGGAGAAUCACUUCAACAAGAGGAUCCAGAAGUUCCGCGAGAUGGAAUUCACUUGGCUCUCCAAGUUCUUCUACUCCAUAUCCGGUAACAUCAUCGUGCUUUGGAGCACGCCCGUUCUGAUCUCCGCCUUCACGUUCGCGACCGCCCUCGCUCUCGGAAUCAAGCUGGACGCGGCUACAGUGUUCACGGCCACGUCCAUAUUCAAGAUCCUGCAGGAGCCGAUCAGGGCUUUCCCUCAGUCUAUGAUCUCUCUGUCUCAGGCGAUGAUUUCGUUGGGAAGAUUAGAUGCGUACAUGAUCAGCAGAGAGCUGUCUGAAGAGGCCGUGGAGAGAUCCCGCGGCUGCGAAGGUCCAACCGCCGUCGAGAUCAGAAAUGGAAGCUUCAGCUGGGAAGAUGAAGACAACGAACCCGUGUUGAAAGACAUUAACUUUGAGGUUAAAAAGGGCGAGCUCACCGCCAUUGUCGGGACCGUCGGAUCGGGCAAAUCCUCAUUGUUAGCUUCAGUUCUCGGCGAAAUGCAUAAGAUUUCUGGCAAGGUGAGGGUUUGUGGGACAACGGCGUACGUAGCGCAGACAUCUUGGAUCCAGAAUGGGACGGUUCAGGACAACAUCUUGUUUGGUCUGGCGAUGGAUAGGGACAAAUAUAACGAAGUUAUCAAGGUCUGUUGUUUGGACAAAGACCUGCAGAUGAUGGAGUUUGGUGAUCAAACUGAAAUCGGUGAGCGAGGCAUCAACCUUAGCGGAGGCCAGAAGCAGCGAAUACAGCUAGCUCGUGCCGUCUAUCAGGACAGCGAUGUCUACCUGCUUGAUGACGUUUUCAGUGCGGUGGAUGCUCAUACUGGUUCAGACAUAUUCAAGAAUUGCGUAAGAGGAGCUCUGAAAGGCAAGACUAUCUUGCUUGUAACCCAUCAAGUCGACUUCUUGCACAACGUCGAUUGCAUCUUGGUUAUGCGGGAAGGAAUGAUUGUCCAAUCAGGAAAAUAUGACGAGAUACUGAAUUCCGGUGUGGACUUCCGGGCACUGGUGGUGGCUCAUGAAACCUCGAUGGAGCUAGUUGAAGCUGGCGCCAACUCUGCAGCUACGGCUGCCACUGCAACCUCAACCUCCCCAAGACCACCAAUAUCUCCUGGAGUAAACUCACCAAGAACCCCGAGAAAUUCAAUGGACUCUCCCCGUCUAGGCGAGCUGAACGAGGAACAUGUCAAAUCCUUUAUCGGCUCCAAUGUCCCAGAAGAACACGACGGAAAGCUGAUCAAGGAAGAGGAGAGGGAGACAGGACAGGUCAGCCUGCGUGUCUACAAACUGUACUGCACCGAGGCAUAUGGCUGGUGGGGCAUUGUGCUCGUGCUCUUCUUCUCUCUGGCAUGGCAGGGUUCUCUCAUGGCCAGUGAUUAUUGGCUUGCUUACGAAACAUCGGCUGAAAAUGCGGUUUCCUUUAGUGCUUCGGUCUUCAUACGUGUCUAUGUCAUUAUUGCUGUUGUUUCCUUUGUUCUGGUGUUCUUUCGGUCGUUCUACGUCACACACUUGGGGCUCAAGACGGCUCAGAUCUUCUUCGGGCAGAUUCUAAACAGUAUAUUGCAUGCUCCCAUGUCAUUUUUCGACACCACCCCCUCUGGAAGAAUUCUCAGUCGGGCAUCGACCGAUCAAACCAAUGUCGAUAUAUUCAUUCCUUUCAUCAUGGGACUCGUGAUCGCAAUGUACACCACGCUUCUGAGCAUCUUCAUAGUUACCUGCCAGUAUUCUUGGCCUACAAUCUUCUUCGUGAUCCCGCUCGGAUGGCUCAACAUCUGGUAUCGGGGCUAUUACCUCGCAUCAGCUCGGGAACUAACCCGUCUGGACUCGAUCACUAAGGCUCCCGUUAUCCACCAUUUCUCAGAGAGCAUAGCUGGAGUGAUGACAGUCCGGUCGUUCAGGAAGCAGGACAUGUUUAGGAAGGAGAAUGUGAACCGUGUCAACGCUAAUCUCAGGAUGGACUUUCACAACAAUGGAUCCAACGAGUGGCUUGGCUUCCGCCUCGAGCUGAUGGGAAGCUGGGUGCUUUGCAUCUCAGCUCUCUUCAUGAUCUUGCUUCCCAGCAACAUUAUCAAACCCGAGAAUGUAGGGCUUUCACUUUCUUAUGGAUUGUCACUCAACUCGGUUCUAUUCUGGGCAAUUUAUCUGAGCUGCCUUGUGGAGAACAAGAUGGUUUCGGUUGAAAGGAUCAAACAGUUCACUAACAUUCCCUCAGAAGCUGCCUGGGAGAUCAAAGAAACCGUCCCGCCCCCGAGCUGGCCCUUCCAAGGAAAUGUACAUCUCGAAGACCUCAAGGUAAGGUACAGGCCGAACACUCCACUUGUGCUCAAGGGAAUAACUCUGGACAUCCAUGGAGGCGAGAAGAUAGGCGUGGUUGGUCGAACUGGAAGCGGGAAAUCGACACUGAUUCAGGUCUUGUUCAGGCUGGUAGAGCCUUCUGGGGGGAAGAUGAUCAUCGACGGUAUCAAUAUCUGCACUCUAGGGCUUCAUGAUCUCAGGUCGAGAUUGGGGAUUAUUCCUCAAGAACCUGUCCUCUUUGAAGGCACCGUUAGAACCAAUAUCGACCCAACAGAGCAGUAUUCCGACGAAGAAAUCUGGAAGAGCCUCGAACGAUGUCAACUGAAGGAAAUCGUAGCAUCCAAGCCCGAGAAACUCGAUUCUCUCGUUGUGGACAAUGGAGAGAACUGGAGCGUAGGGCAGAGACAGCUGCUGUGUUUGGGGAGGGUAAUGCUGAAACGGAGCAGGCUGCUGUUCCUAGACGAAGCGACGGCAUCAGUGGAUUCCCAGACAGAUGCAGUGAUACAGAAAAUCAUAAGAGAGGACUUUGAAGCGUGCACCAUCAUCAGCAUCGCGCACAGGAUCCCCACUGUCAUGGACUGCGAUCGUGUCCUUGUCAUCGACGCAGGGAGGGCGAAGGAGUUUGACAAACCGGGAAAAUUGCUGGAGAAGCAGUCGGUGUUUGGGGCAUUGGUGCAAGAGUAUGCUCUCCGAUCAGCCGGCCUUUGAUGUCAUUAGCUUCAUUUAUUCUCUUCUCUCUCUCUCUCCCAUGAUCCAAAGAGCCAUCGGAGAUAUACAUCGGAUGAGAUCAAUAAUCAGAGGAUGCUUCCCUUUUUGAUCCUUCUCCUUGUAUUUCUUUCAGGCACCAAGUGUUUAUUCAGUACAGAACCAUUGAAACGGCGCCGUUUGGUUUCAUGUUUCUAGGGUUCCACCUUCGCGCCUUUUCGGCUGCUGCUAUUAAUAAAAGUUUUUCAAGCCAUUAUAAGCC